AAAACUUGGACGGCGUCACACAAAGCUGAUCAACGCCGCUGAGGGUUCGUACAUGUACUUUGCUCCUAAUUAUCAAAAUCACGUGGGAAGUAUAAUCACUCCUACUUAACCUGGUUCUCAAGCAGCUACUAUACUUAUAGUUUGCAUCACAAUUGGUUCGCCCUCUCUGUCUGCAAGAGUUGAAUCUUCAGAGAGUCUGUAUCCUUGAAUUAAGCUAUCAACCCCUCUUCAUGAGAACCAGAGAAGAAGAUAGAAGUCAAAUCUUUAUUCCAAGAGGUCGCUUCUCGAAUUCUGGUAAGUCAAAUUCAAGGUUAUUUUAUGAAAAGAGUAGCAUACGUUUCGUCGGACUAGUGAUUAUGGCAAAGCAAAGCGAAUGAAGGGCUAAGAUGGCGUCAAAGUAUUGAAAGUGAAAGUAAGAAAAUGAUCGAGUUGUGUCCUUGUUGUAACGUCUCCAUCAGUUAGCAUAAUUUACGUGAAGCAAAAUAGUAAAGCUUUAAGAGCAGCUGAUGUUUCAGAAUUGUGUCUUUCAUAUUUGGAUGUGAAAUAUCAUUAAAACAGACACGUGUUUUAUAAAGCGUGACUCAACGUAAGCGUCGAAAGCCUUAACGAUCGUUCAAUAUACAACUCUUAAGGAAAUCAGCAGAGAAACUUUGCUUUCCACGUCUCCAGUUCGCUCACACUUUGAGAAAUUUUACAAUUUAUUCGUUAGUGUUUGCCUUAACUGAGAAAAUGAUGAUUCACCGCUCUCAAUGAGUUUUAAAGUAAGAAAUGCCGGUCAAGUUGAUCAAUUCGUUCAAUAGAAGCUCAUAAUCGUAUCUUGACGUCUUCUUGUCUUUCGCAUGCUUUUUCCGGGUCAGAGCACUGAACCAGAUUAUGCAAAGUGGUCUGUAGUUUCCGAUGUCACAAGAUAAUUUGGUAUUGAACAAUUAUUCGCCGGGAUUAUUAAAAAAUAUUCGCUGCUGCUGACACGUCAUUCGCCUUUUGCGCCACUCUGACUGGUCGUUCACCGUUCGUUUGUCGAAAUUUCUCGGAUUACGGCUGCUAAAACACUGAAAAAUUUGUAUCGCUCACAAACAAUGAACUUCAAAAUUUCUUAGAGGCGGAAGAAAAACAAAGUAGGACAAGAACAACCAAAAGUUUGGUAUUCAGUGACUUUAGUAAUGGCAUUUCUCACGGCUGAGAACAAAAAUCGACAGCUAGAAGAUUUGCCACUGACCAAUUUUGGCCGUGUACCUGGCAAAGAAAAAGUCUUUAAUUGUGAAUUCUGUGAAUUGAAAGUUAUCCCCUUUUCUGUUUUUGUUAUGAUUCAACGUAUUUUCCCAUCUUGAGACUUAUCGCCGACAAUCGCCGACGUGCUUUACGACUUUUUUACGUGGGUUGUGGAUCCUAUGCUUUUCAUUUAUUAAUAACGUCGACUUUUCUUGUCAGGAAAGGCCUACUGUGUUUAUCUAAAAGACAAUAGAAUAAAUGGUUGCUAGCAGAUAUGUAAUCAGCUCUCUUCUUGUGUUCAAAUCGAUAUCUGACCCGUGAGCUAUCGAGUUGAACAUUCGAAGAGAAAUUCCAUAUCUUCUUGUACCUAUGUAUUUUUCUCCAUUUAUCAACUGACAGAAAUGAUAAGGGGAAUUUGCAACCGUAAAGGGAUUCUAAAGCUGGCGUUUCAGAGCGAAUCCGCUCUUAUGGAGGACUAACGCUCGCAAACAUGGUCAUCGAGAGGCGAUGCUAGGAAACAAAAUUUUAUUGCAUGGCGUUGAGUCUGUAAAUUACGACGUCAACUGUGCUUUUUUACGCGAAGUACAAAGUUUUAGAAUUACAUUAACACGAUCAAUUAAUCGCUUUUCUGAGGUCAUUGUUGGAUUGUUUAAAUAAUAUAUUCCUAACUUAGUAAGUUUAACUCGUUGUUAUUGCAACUUGUAUGCGUUGUUUACGUGUCCGUUUGUGUGUAAAGCUGAAUAAAUUGAUUUUGUAUUUGUAAUAUUGUAACCCCCCUCGUUAAGCCUAGGUGCUUUUGGGGAAAAAAAUGAAAAAUAUGUUAAAAAAAAUAAAAAACCCUCGUAAGGUCAGUUUUAGAACAUCUCUACGGCAGCCAAUUCAUAUCAUUUUAAUUGAUGAAACCAAAUUAUCUUGUAACACCCCUCACUGACGUAGCAUUCUUUAGAAACUCACCCCCUUUAUUCGUUUAUGUUGACAUGCAUAUCUGUUUAAUUAACUUUGUAAAGGGAGACGGUGACGCUGAUCAUUUCUUAACAAUGUUAAUAAAGUCAUCGUUGGUACGGAUUUUCAUCAUGUUGUCUUUCUCUGCUCAUUCGCCACUACUGCUAGUGAAUCAAAGGUCCAUAAGUGAUCUUAUUUGGGCUACUCUCAUUGCUGCCUCUAGGCGUAGCCUUCUUCGCUGGCCUUAUGCACCUGUUCCUUGAACGCCCUUUUCUCGUUUCUCUCUGUGGAUUCCACCUCCGCUCAAGCUUUCCUUUUAGUAUUUGGUUUCCUGAAGGUGUUCGCAAUCAAAUCGAACUUGCACCCUCUUAUCAUAGUAAUUGCGAUUCUGAAUUUGUCGUGACUGAAAAGACUUACUGGUGUAUUAAAAAUGUCUCCCGAAGAAAAUUCUCACUCGAAGAAGCUCUGCAAACUUGGCGUCAGGUUACAAAUACCAGAACUAUAGUGUUUCAUUCUUUUUAACAAACAUUCUUAGUUAUCAGCAUUUUUAAUUUUUACUUUGUACUUCACACCUAGUAUUUUUUACCUUUUUAUCAUUUUACCCGUUGAAGGCUGUAGCGCAAACAGCCGAAAGCUCGUAUUCUUUAAAAGUUUUAGCCAGAGAUCGUUUUUAAAUUUCAUAAGAUGUUUUAUCCUGGCUGCGGCCCCUCAACUUUUUAAAUAACACCUGUCACCAAACGCUAUUAGUAAAGGCCCAGAAACUGUUACGUUAAGGUUUUAUUCAAAAUUAUGUGGGGCAUAUUUUUUUUUCUGUUCCACUCCGACUAAAGAACUAUCUCAAAGCACCAUGAAGCAGGGUAGCAACAACUUUCUUGUUAUUAUUAUCUUUACCAACGAACUACAUUGCUUAGGGGUUAUUUUUGAUGGAGGUAUAUGCUUGAAAUUGUGUUCGAUAAGUCCCCCCCUCCUUAAUGAAUGAACUUUAAUUACACAGGUCAUCUUAAGACUUCGUUGCCCUAUGAAGAUAAAAAGCAUUAAUCUCCCUUUCAUCGCCUUGCGACUUCUAUAUUAAAAUGGUUACUAUCUUUAUUAUUACCAUUAUUUUUCCAAGGCUUCGUAGCAGCACGAAGUAAGAUUUCGCUUUGAUGAACCAAAGUCAGAUGUUAACAUCUCACUUUGUUGUGCUAUUUAUUGCAUUAUUUCAUUUUAUUUCUCAUUAUACAACUGACGAUGAAUGAUGUUUCAUCCGAAAUAUGUUUUUCUUUCAAUAAAUUAUUUUCAAAAGCAUCAUGUGUUCAUCAAAUACCAUUAUUUUUGUUAUUUACAAUACUUGGUAUCGGAAGAUACGGAGAAAAACUCACAAAGGUUAAGGAACGAUUUGAUCUGAAGGGGAAAAUUUGAUUGAUGAAAACCCGUAAUCGGUUUAGGUGUAUAGAAGGGUCCCAGUGGAGUUUAACAGUCAGCCAUCAAAGGACUUAAAAUUUCAACGUCAGCCGUCAAAAGCAUGUAUGUUUACCGUCAACCGUCAAAAACCAACCGUCAAAUAACUUGAAGAACAUCUCUAUUUUAGCCGCCUGCUCACAACAGUUUAAGAAACUUGAGAAUGGUAAACCAGUCUUACGAAAAACAUGCUCAACCUACUUCAUUUUCACUGAUUUUGCCUCCAAAGGCAGUUUGAAUAAACAUUUUUAUAUUCUACUCAAUUAUAGUUAACAUUGAAAAGUAGCUGACUUCAUUUAUAAUUUGUCUUUGUCCUCUACGCACCAUUCCUGCCUCUCGACAAAAUCACAACUGAGAUCACGCUCACUCAAGUAUCUUGAAAACUGUCGUGAAAUUCCUCAUCGGGAGUCUAAUUUUCGCCAUUAUCUUGAUGAUUCUCUCGAGAUCAAAGACGUUUUUGUCUUUGAUCUAUUAAUUUAAUUAAUUAAUUCGAUCUAUUAAUUUAAUAGGCUAAAAGAAAAAGACGUUUUGUCUUUGAUCUAUUAAUUUAAUUAAUAAAUUUGAUCUAUUAAUUUAAUAUGCCAAAAGUAGGCAGAGGACUAAUGUUUCAAUCGAGUGAAAGAGUCCUAAAAGAGCGCCAGGUGCUAACUUAACAAUCCAAUGAAAGAGAAUCCUAAAAAACCCAUGAGAUGCUAACGGACUAAUGAUCCUCAGUCAGAGUGACACUUUGUUUUUCUUAUAAGCUGUCUUUAUCAAAUUUUAUUCGAAACAACAUGGAAUAAAGUUUUCUCGGAAAAAAAAAGUUUUAAUAUUUCAGUUCUCGCUUUAUGCGCAAUUUUGCGAAGAUGUAUGUAACUUAUUUCUAUUCUGCAUUUUCCCUUUCAGAUUCCAUUUACGUUUCCCCAACAAAAUGCCUCAAAUCUCUUUUUGGUGACUUUCCCAGAGUCUCUAUUCUUUCCACCUCACUGGUACGAGAUUGGAAGUUGAAUGUCAUGCGCAAGGGCUCUUAACGCUAGCGGGGUAAUUUGUAUAUAGUUGCAAUGUGGAAAUCCUUGAUUGACGUUUGACCGUCUAACUUUUCAUCUUCAACGUUAGACACCUUUAUUUCCUCGUGUUGUAUUAGUCACUGUGUGGUAUAUAUCAUAUUCAAGGUUGGGAAAAUUUUGCUUUCUAAUUUGACAAUUUGAACAACUUCGUAAGAUUUUCCUUGAAGUCAAGAUCAAGUCAGGCGGAUAUUAUCGAGCUCACAGAACUUUACAGAUAUCACGAUAUCAAAUCCAUCUGCUUCUACAGUCAGACUUCAGCAAGAUAUCAACAUAUAAUUUAAUUGUGUCGCGUAUAAAAUGUGCUAUCAAUAGCAAAGUUUGUAUCAUUAAUUGCCGGUUAACGGUCAGUGUUUGCGAAAUUAAGUCACUAUCCGGUUGUGUGAUUUUAGAACGUGGUUCAUGAUGGCUCGCGAAUGAAGCAAAUACUUAGAAUUCCUUUAUAGUUUGAAGACUGAAAUAACACGCAUAGAGCAGACACGAAAGGAACAACCAAGUUCAGAUAUCGACCGUUUGAGCUAGAAAAGGAAUAAAUAGCGUUAUCCUUGAUGAGCUACUGUACGGGAGAAGUUGCGCUCAACCUCUGGCUUGGGCAGGAAUUUCGACGUCGGAUUGGCCAGAAUUCGAACUCUGAAAUGAGUCUUUUUAUCUAAAAUCAUAACGUGUAUCUAGCCGAAGCCAGUCCGAAGUCAAUAAAUGCAUUUCAAAAAUGAAGAAUUAGGCAGUAGAGCCAGACACAACCAAAACUCAGUUUAGCAGCUCCUCAAGCAGAGUUUCUAGCAGAACAUUUGCUGGGAAUUAUGUGCAGUGCAGCCUGUAACCGGAAAAAUUGAACCAUAACUCUGCAGUAAAAAUAAAAUGACACAGUAUUUCAAACAAAUUGAUAGCACGAAACAAAAGCGGAAAAGGCUUUAAGUAAAAAAAAAUCCCUUGCUUCUGCUGUCAUCAAUGGAAAUUCUCUAAGAAUCUACUAGGUUCCUAUUACCACUCGGUCUUUCAUGCAAACAAAGUAAUUCUCAAUGAAGUUAACCGAUCGCCGUAAAACGGCCAAAACAUUUAGUCGGUGGGCGUAAAAAUUGCUAAAUUUUAACUGAUAUUCGUGAAAAAGGUCAACUGUUGAAUGGCCAAAAUUUUAAUCGUUGGCCGUAAAAGCCAUCACCCUAUGAGACCCUCAAUGAGGCAACCAGAGUGAUGCGCGCAUAAUGACUCGCUUCACAAAAAGGUUCCUUCCGUGUAUACGAUAUCACCUGCGCACAAAAUCUUCCUUUUGAAAUUUAAAAGAAGCCUUUGGAAGGCUAUUAAGCUCUUGAUUCGUGUUGAAAUCCGGACCAACUCCAACAAAUCCGGUUGAUGAAGACGUAAUAUCCAAGCCGUCUGUGAUCUUAAACUGAUCUUAUGAGGGAAUUAUGUACAAUCAGCCCAUUACGUCAGAGCGUCCAAUUGCCCCCCAAAACACUAAGGGAUUGAUAUCUAUUUCUGCGAAUGGUUCAUAUAAAAGAAAGAUUCCAAGGAUUAGCAUGGUAAAGCUUCGUAAUGUGAUUGUGAUUUCAGUUAGAUAUUGAUAUUCUUUAUACCGUAUAGUUCAUUCCUUCUAUUGAUUCUCUAACUCUGUAUGAACUAUUAGUUACUAUGAAAUCCUUUUUUCAGUUACGUUCUUCAAUACGGGUGUGUCAUAUUGCCCUUCCUCAGAUUGUACCAUGUAGAAAAUGCAAUUCAUCGAAUGCGAUCGCACAGAAACAAAUGCAUUUGCUUUAACCCUUUUAACUCCCAAGAUCUGAUUGUUAAUUCUUCCCUCUUGCUGCUACACAUUUACUUGUAAAUUAGUUACGAGAAUUUGGUGUUAGAUCAAGAUAACAACUCCCAGAUAAGUUGGAAUAUUCUCGUUACCUUUUUGCUGAAUAAAGUAAGGAUACUGUGGGGAGAAGUUUCAUGUUAAUCACUUUUGGGAGUUAAAGGGUUAAUAAAUGUCAACGUCUACGCGUUAACAGAUCACCUGUGAACAAUCCUCUUCCAGUUACGGGAACAACUUACUUAGUACGGGCCUUGAGAACAAGUUUAUUAGAUGAUUGUGACUUGUUAUAGUAGAAAAUUAUGCUUUCCUGGGAAUAAUAGAGCGUCAAAUUGUCUUUUAGGCUGACAACUGGCUCAUAAAGCUUGAAGCAAAUCGAAGUUUGAAGGUAAAAAAUAUGCCCUAUAAGAUUCUGCUUGCUGGUAUUUGGAUUUUCAGUAUCAAAGUAUCACUUUCUAGAUCUCCUUUAGCUCUUUGAGGAGGACAAUACCAAUUUUUGAAAAAUUAUCCUUAAGCUCUCCUGCUUAAGUUGAGCUAAUCAAGUUCGGCGUCUCAAUCAGUAUCAUUCAAACAAGAGCUUCACGGUUUUUGAGUUAAGUCAACUUCCCCAACUUCGAUGCAUCGUUUAUUAAUAUCAAAAUUUGGACCGACCAGACUUCAGUUAAACUCUGCGACCCCUCGAAAUGCGUCCUUAAUUUAAACGAUGUUUCAUCAUCUUCCUUCUCCUUUGUAAAGUACUUGAACUUAAGCCCUGCUUUACAUAGCUCAUGACCCUCUGUCUCUGAAUAAUCUUGGACAAUAGAGUAGGAAUCCCUUUUUGUCUUAUAGUGAUCAACCAAGUGUAAAAAAAAUAUUUUAGAUGUCGUACAGUUUUAUAUUUUGUUUAAUUUCGACUUGUACCCACAGGCUUUGUGAAAUGUCGAAAUUUAAUGGCACAAAGACAACUAAAGGUGGAAGUGAGAACGGGAUACUAGUAUUCAACACAGGACCAGGAACUCGUCACUUUAGUCAUGACUCCCUCAGACAGAAAAUAAGCGUACAUAGAGGAAUUGACCACUCCGAAAAACUAAAAGAAAUGAGGCUUUAUAAAGUACCUCUGGUGGGAUGGCAACUUACCCAAGUUGUUUUUAACCAUCAGUUUGUCGUGAUAUAUUCAUCUUCUUGGUGGUGGUCCAUUGAGAGAGACAUUGAAAAAAUUCUCCUUCAGAGGAGCAAAUUUCCAUCCGUGGUUAGAAAUUAUAACGAAGGAUUCCUCAGAAAAUUUCCAGUAGUCGAAAUAAAACGUGGUGAUUGCAAAGGAGCAAUGAAAAAUUUGAUUGAGUUUCUCCAUUGCAAGGGAGAGCUAAAGACUGAAUACGAUUUUUUGCUUAAUAAUUGUAAAACAUUAGCAAAUAAUGUGUUCGAUAGAUUUGUGGCAGAGGGUACAGUCAAAAGAACAUUUAAUGUUCUUUGAACAGUGACACUUCAAAUGAAGAGCUGCUUCAUAGUCAUAUAGGAAUUACUUUCUAUAGCUGUUUAAUUCAACUUUUUUUCAACGUCAAUUAGAACAGCCUGGUCUCUUAAAGAUCGCUGGUAUCCAAGAAACUGCCACUCGAUGAUCGCUGCAAAUGUUUCGGGUGAAAUUUCUUACGUAUCUGAAGCUUCGGGUAGAUUAUUAAAAAAAAUUUAGAAACCCAUAACCCUUUAACUCCCAUGAGUAACCAAGACAGAAUUUCUCCUUACAAUAUUAAUACAAUAUCAUGCAGACAAGUGAUGAGACUAAAGAAAAAAUCUAUUGGGGGAUUAUAAGUUGAUCCAAUACCAAAUUCUCCAAACUAACAUCACAAAAACUAUGUGGUAUAUGUUAAGGAGAAUUACUAACGAGAUCUUGGGAGUUAAAGGGAUAAUUAUGAAUUUCAUAGCUUUGUCCGUUUUUAGACUAAUCUUUAGAGUAACUCCUAGUCGCAACUUGUUCACUUUUUCAACUUUUUUAAUAUUUCUGUGUGAAUAAUCAUCAAAAUAUAACUGACUGUGCUCAUCUAUAGUUUACACCAGCGAUUAAAAAUCGAAAGCUGAUUGUUUUUUAACAAGGUAAUAAAAUUAUUGUUAGCACCGA